GUUUCUAUAAAAAAUGACAAGCUAAGCUGCUGGCUCUUUAAAGACAGAAAUAAGUUUCUUUAAACUUUCCAAUACCCGGGCAGAAGUAGGUCACCGACAAGUGAACGAAUUUCAAAACAAACAAUUGAUUGCAAUCUGAAAAGAUAUUUGCUGUGAAAUGGCUAGAUCAACUGCAUCCAUCAUAAUUAUUGGUGAUGAGAUUCUUAAAGGGCAAACAAGAGAUACAAACUCCCACUUUCUUUGCAGAGAGCUGUAUAAGUGCGGGGUUUACGUUUCUCGCAUUACUGUCCUCCGUGAUGAUGUUGACACUGUUGCCAAAGAAGUGCGUUCUAAUUCUAAAUUAUUCGAUUACGUGCUGACGGCUGGUGGUAUCGGCCCAACUCACGACGAUGUCACUUACGAAGGAGUUGCCAAAGCUUUUGAUGAAAAUUUAAUUUUAAACAAGGAGCUUCAAAAUAUCUUUUCACGGUUGUGUCUCAGACUCGAUUUAGAUGAAUCCGCUACACUCAAAAUGUCUCACGUCCCAGUGUCUGCCGAGAUCCAUCACAGUGACCAUUCUUUUAUUCCCAUUGUUUCUGUACAGAAUGUAUUUAUUUUUCCCGGUAUACCGUCCUACUUGGAAUUAGCUUUCAGCAAUUUAAAAGCGAUUUUUAAAAAAACGUCUAAACCUUUUUACAAUGUUUGCUUGUUUGUGAACAGCAAUGAAUUUAACAUUACUUCUUGCCUGAAUGCAACCGUCAAAGAGUUUGACUCUUCACAAGUGAGGUUCGGCUCCUACCCCGACAUCGAGAACGAUUACUAUCAGGUCAAAUUAGUUCUGGAGGCAGAUUCAAAAGAAGCUCUUGUGGAAGCGGAAGCUUUUCUGAGAAGUCAUCUUCCCCAGAACUCAGUGGUGGGACCCAAUCCGCCCUGCUCCAAAGAAGCUCUCUCCACACUCUUUGCAAGCAAAAUAUUGCCACUAAAAAAAAGUUUGGAAAUACUUGAAAAGUGCUUUGAAACAUAUUCAGUUGAAAAUACUUGUUUAAGUUUUAAUGGUGGUAAAGACUGCACAGUUCUUUUGCAUCUCACCUUUUUAUUUCUCCAGAAGAAAGGUCUCCUCUCUGGUCAUAAGAAAUUAAAAGUAUUCCUUGUAAAAAGCGGGCAAUCAUUUCAAGAAAUUGAAAACUUUAUAGAGUUAUGUGUUGACAGGUAUGACCUUGAAGUCAUGACUUACGAACAUCCCAUAAAAGAAGCCCUCUCCAACCUGAAGAAAGAUCACCCUGAAAUAGAAGCUAUACUGAUGGGUUCCCGUCUGACUGAUCCUCACUGUUCUCAACUUCUUCCCUUUCAGAAAACAGAUGAUGACUGGCCACAGUUUAUGCGUGUUAAUCCUCUAUCCCACUGGUCUUACUCUGAAGUGUGGGAAUUCUUAAAAGAACUUCAGGUCCCUUAUUGCAGCCUCUAUGACAGAGGAUACACUUCUUUGGGCUGCCAGCACAACACACUUCCCAAUGAAGAACUGUUAAGUGUGACAAAGAGUGGAACAUCCUAUUAUAUGCCUGCUUACAUGCUGAAAGACCCUCAACAGGAAAGAAAAGGUCGAAGCUCGAAGAAAACACUAACCCAAUAAUACAAUUAUUUACUAUAGUACUUGAAUCUCUAUUAUAGCAAUUGAAAUUUAUGGUUGCUAAUUGUUUAAAUGCAACUGAAACUUGAAUUUUUUUUUUAAAAAUGUAGCAACUUAAACUAAUCUAUUUGAAACAGUAUUGCAAUUUGAAGCAUAUAUUGCAUAUUCAAUGAUCAAAAAGAUUGAUAUCAGUUACUUUCCAUUAUUGAUAAUUUGAAGCAUCCUCGUUGCAGAACCAGCUUGGAGUUUCGUGUAUGGAUUCUUCGUAAAUUUCUUUUCAAAGGGUUCAUUAAUCAAUUUCUUUCUCUUUAGUGAUGUGUUAUAAGAGGUAGUUUAUUUUGCAGUUAAGACGAAUGGUAUUGAAAUCACAUUCUUUUUAUUUUAUAUUUACUUAGAUUUAACAGUUCUCUGGGCAUAAGAUGAAUUUUGUCAAAAUUGGCUGUAUGCCUAAGCUAUAUGCUUAGAACAGAGAUUUAAAAUUUUGAAGGAAGUCAAUCGAAAGAUUACAUCAAUACCAAAAAUUGCUUAAAAUAUUCUGAAUCUUAAAAUUAAAUUCAUGGUUUUAUUAUAGAGAAAGGGGAAUUGGCACCAAUCACACGCCAUCAAUUCUCAUGAAAGAAAAUUUCAAAACUAAGAAAAAGUGCUGAAUGACUUUAUAAAAAUUAUGCAUAAUAAAAGAUAUCAUUUGAGAAAAAUCAAAUGUAUCUUUACCCUUUUAUGUAUUAUAUUAAUACUUGCACUUUAUCGACAUAAAACUACAUUAAUGUCAAUUAUUCUAUUGGCUUCAUAAUUAUAUUAUAUGGCAUAUUUUUCUCAAGGUAAAUCCAGAAUUGAAAGCAAAUAUUUGCUCUUAUUUUGUGGCUUUAAAAUAUAACAUAUGUUUUAGUUUAAUCCACAAGUGAUGUUAUAUCAAGAGCAGACUGUAGUUCUUUUUCGAUACACUUGCAUACACAGGGAAAACCUGUGAAAUAAAAGGAAUUUUGUUUUUUA